UUAGGUUAACCAGUUAUUGUUGAAUUAGGUUCGAAGAAUUAUAAGUUCUAUAACUAUCCCGUCAAAUUGUUGAAUCUAGAGUCGCGCUUUUUUGUUUGAUCGUUUACGAUUUUAAAAUCAGCUUUACAGCUGAAUUAGUGUCAAGUUUACACUACUCGAGAUCUCUAAUUCAAUCAUUAUUCUGUCAAAAUUUUGAAUCUGAAUUCUCGAUUUUUACAAUCAGGUUCACCAUCUAUAACUGAAUUAAGUUGAUGUUUAAUCAGGUUGAGAGAGAACUACAAUUUGAUAAUCAUUCUGUCAAAUUGAUUGAACCUGAGAUUCAAUAGUUAUAACCCGUAGCUUUGUCAUAUGUCGAUGGCAACCACAAGGUGCUUCUAAGGGUUCGAAACAGAUAUGUUUGAUGCCCUAACUUUUGGAAAAGAAGGAUAAAUUCUCUGUUUCUAAAGUUUUUUUACCUAAAUUUUGCUUCAAUAAUGCGACAACUAAAAAGGUGGUGGUUGUUACCCCACAAAUUAGUCCUUAUUGCAUAAAAUAGUCAAAAAAAUCUGUAUGGAAAGAAUACGUUGCCUUUACAGGUUGGAGCAUAAUCUUGCAUCAUAUUAAGAACCUAUUGUCUUUGUGCAUUUUAGUAUUAGCAUAUUGAGAAAGAACUAGAAACUUAUAGUUUCACGAUUUCAAUCUGCCAUGUCUCUAAUGAAGAAAGAGACUCCAAUUCCUGAGGUGAAGAAAAGUUCAAAGAACUCCCUUGAUAGAGAUAUCGCAUUGGCUGGGGUUGAUAAGGAGAAGAAAUUGUCUUUCAUCAAAGCAUGGGAGGAAAGUGAAAAGUCAAAGGUGGAAAACAAAUCACAGAAGGAGCUAUCCGCUAUAACUUCAUGGGAAAACACAAAGAAAGCAGAUGUAGAAGCUAAGUUGAAACAGAUCGAGGAGAAAUUUGACAAGAAGAAAGCAGAAUAUGCAGAAAAGAUGAAAAACAAAGUGGGUUUAAUUCACAAACAAGCUGAAGAAAAAAGAGCCAUGGUUGAGGCAAAGAAAAGUGAAGAUCACUUGAAAACAGAGGAGUUGGCUGCCAAAUAUCGUGCUACUGGUACCAUUCCAAAAAAGGCCCUUGGUUGUUUUGGUGGCUAAACUAUUCCCCUAAAACCUACAACUUUGUAAGUUGAUGUUGUUUUAUUUAUCAUCCUUUUGUUUGUUGUGUUGUAUAGGAAGAACAUAGCUCUGUAAUUUGUGAACGAAUUGCAUAAUCAUUUAUAUAUAUAUAUAUGAAGUUUUUUCUGCAA